CCCGCCCCGCCCCUCCACUGGCCAGGGGAACCAAUCCUGUGCAAGAGAGGCAGGACGCGCCAAGUCCCGAACGAGGAGUGGGGGGGUGGGGAACGCGGUUGAGUCCAGCAACGUAAGACUCUGCCCAGGGGGGAUUCCGAAGGCGGCGACAGCCUCAGUAACAGCACCGCAGCCCAAGGGGGCGAAGACGACCGGAGGGACACCCUGGAGACUGUUUAUAGCCCUGUCAGGACCGCGCGGGGAGGGGAGACAGAGGCGGAGGCCGGAGGGCUCCUUGGAUGAUGGCACACUGAGAAGCAUCCCGAGCCCGGGACUCCAUGGCAUCCCAAGACAAAGAUGUGGGGCCCUCGCUGCCCUCUCCCUGGGCCUCCCAGAUGGGGCCCUGGGAUGCCAUGCUCGAGGCUGUCAGGGACCAGCUCCCGUCGCUGGACUCGGAUUCCUCCUUGUCAGACUGCGGGGAAGAAGAGCUGUUCAUCUUCCAGCGAAAUCAAACGGCCCUGAUUCCAGACUUCUCAGAGGAGCUGGCAGAAGCCCCUGCCGGGGCCUCGGUCAUAACAGCCGACGGGUCUCCUCCUGAGCCAGUUGUGGUGCCUGUGGGAUUCGCCAUCGAACCCUGGACUGAAUGGGAUGCGAGGACAAAGGAUUCGGCCUCUCUAGGAGGAAGGGACCCUGGCGGGCCUUUGGAGAGCCAUGGCCAGAGCAGCUCUCUUCUUAGGAUGUUCCAGGAGACCCCCAAGUGGCAGGAAGGCGAAUCUGGGCGCAUGUCCUUCAACACCAAAGGGUCCCAGAGUCCUCACUGGGGGCCGCAGGGAGAAGCCACCUUCUCCCCACAGGAAGGAGACCUGAAGGCAGAGCCCCCAGGCACUGCCUCCCGCGCCCUCAAGGGCUCAGACCCCGCAGACCACAGAGCCCUCCGAAGGGAGAGAAGGAAGAUGAUCGAGAGAGACAUUCUCCACAAAGUCACCUGGGAUGCCCAGAGCCCAGCCUGCAGUGACCAAGGUCAAGUGAAGGAGAUGCCCUGUGGAGCUGCAGCAUCAGGUCCAAGACCAGAGGUGCCACCAGAGCGGCCCCGGGAAGGACCGCCACUGCUCUCCCUCCAGCAAUUUGAAGAGUGGGACUUGGAUCACAUCCUUCAGAGUCUGGCAGGACGAGAAGACGACCGGGGAGACGGCGCCCCUGGAGCCGCCUGGUGGGCAGCUGACCGCCUCCAGGGCCGAGACCAUGCUGUGCCGAGCGCCCAGGAGAGGCUCAUGGAACAGCUUGCCCUGCUGUGCACCACGCAGUCCAGAGCCUCUUCCUCUGCCAGGGAGGUGCCCGCUGACACACCCCAGGACACCGGGCAGCAGGAGGCUGGAAGCAGAUGUGCUUCCACGGAGCUGGGCUCCCAGGCUGAGCUGGGCCCGACACUGGCGGCAGGCACGCGGCUAAGGAGCACAGCGGAGCCUCCCACCAUCCUCAUGGACCUUCGGCCCAAGGAGCCAUCAGACCAGGGGUCAUCGGAAAGCCCAUUUCCUGCCCCCAGCUCCAUCUCCAGCUCCUCUGACAGCGAGGAGGAGGGGGAAGAGGAGACAGCAGUUCGGAGAGAGCAGCAGGGCCCCUCGGGGCUGAGGGACUGUACCGGGAAAAGUCAGCUUCUCCAGCAGCUCAGGGCAUUUCGGAAGGGGACUGCUCAGCCCGAGUUGCCUGCCAGCAAGGGUCCCUGCAGCCAGAAGGCCCAGGCCCCUGAAGACUCCGCUGGAUCCGGAACUGGGAGGAAGCAACACGGAAUACUCCAGGCUGAGAGGCAGAGGGCCCAGGCCAGACCCCCUGGAGGAAGUCCCAGGGCCCUGGGGGACCCUUUUGGGCCAGGGACAGCCCAGGAGACCCUGGUGCCUCCUCUGGGCCAAGUGUAGAUGCCUCUGGUAACAGAUCGGAGGAGGUCAGCAGGAUGAUUUGACAUUCCCUCAACAGACCUGGGCCCCCAGGGCUCCCUUCGCCCCGCCACCCCCGUUUCUAUUAGCAUGUGCUUUUGUAGCACAGGGACCCUGACUGGGGAUCCAGCCCCCUGUUAGAAUUCCAUCAGAACACGUUCAUGCAUUCGGAACAAAGAUACCAGUACAAACUUGUACACACAGCAUGAGACAACUUGCGGGACCCGAUCCUCUGAAAGGGCCUGGAAGGAAACACCAUGAGACAAUGGUUUGUCCCCAUAGUCGGACUAUGAGGCUUCUUCACCCUUUUCCAUUUCUGCAUUUUUUUCUCUUUAACGUGCGUCUAUUAUUUCCAUAAUACAAGGUCUUUUUCUAAAGCUAUAAAACUUAAGUAAAACAUAUUUAGAGAAUUUCAGGGUUAAAAGGGUGUCGAAAGGGAAUUUAGCCUGAUUUUCAGGGUCCCUGGAUGCUUGCUACUUUGUGUUCCUAAAUUAACACCCCCCCCCCCCCAGCCGCAAUGGACUUUUCGAUAAAGACGUAAAGAUUGAAAUUUGAUUUCUCUUUUUUCUUUAACCAAGACACAAAGGCACAUAUAUGUUCUAAGGUCCUUCCAAACUAAAGGUGGAGUUGACCUUUAAAUACAGAUAGAAUACUGAAUGUUAUAGAACACCUGAAACUGUCCCCGUGGAACAGAGCAGUGCCCUCCCUUGUGCAUGACCAGCAAGAGCUGGGGGGCCACAGGAAGCGCUCCUGUCUCCCUCGCCCUGUUCCUUUGCAAGUAUUAUCCCCCGAGCCGCCGUCUUCACAGAGGCCUUUCCUAACUGUUGUUCUCAGCCCUGUGCUCCCAACAGGCUGAAGCUCUCAUCUGUGGCACCUCAGUGCGUUUCCAAGGUCCACGUCUCAGAGUCGCUGCCCCUCCCCGCUGCCUGCCCCACGGGAAGAGCAGAGAAAUUAUCUCGGGUCCUCCCACGCUAGAGGCUCAGGCAGUCCAGCAGGGUCCUUGGCAUUUGGGUACAAGUUCCAGCGUUCACCUGGGGUCACAGCUGGCUGCCAUGAGCUGAGGGUGGGCAAGGGUCCCUUCCCAUCCAGCCCUGUACCAGGCAAGCCAGGCCCUGCCGGACCUCAGCCGGCCAAGAUCUGGGCCACAGACCGUGAUCUGGCCACGGGGGCCCCACCAGCUGCCCCCACUCCCAACGAGGGGAGUUUUCCUUUGAAGCCAGAUGCGAGGUGGGCUUCCACCAAGGCCACAGGAGGCCCAGGGAGACCUUCCUGAAGGGAAUGUGGCCAGGCUGUUGUCACCUGGGCUCCCCAGGCCCUCUCCCACCUGCAGAGGCCCUCACCCUCAGCUCCGGGGCACACACAGUGUAGACAGGGUGGCCUAAAUGUAGCACACCUCUGCUGGUGCCACAAGCCCUGCCAUCAAAAGCAAAGGCCAUUUUCUUUUCUUUAACUCCAUUUCCCUCAUCUCUACUUCUUUUAAUGCCACCAAUAAGUUCAUUUAGGAAGUUUCACAAACAGUGAUAGAAAAUAAACUUUAUACCAAGUGGCCAAACGUGGGCCUGAGCUUACACUUACUGGGCCUCCAUUUCCAUGUACAUGUGUACAACUGAGAUGCUGAUGGAGCCACUCUCCGGCCUGCUGUGAGGACUGUUAAAGAGGAACUGAGUCUGGCAGUCCCUCAAAAGGUUACAGAGUCACCACACGACCCAGCAACUCCACCCCUGCGUGCAGAUCCAGGUGACGCCUGGGGGCUUUCUGACCCCACUGCUCGGCCUGGGCUCCCUGCCCUCGCUUCUUGCGGGCACUAGCUUCACCUCCGCAUCCGCGUGCCACGCCCUGUCCCAGCCUGCUUUGGUGUGACUCUCUCCUUCCCCACUGAGGGGUUCUGCUGGAGACGUAAACCUUUCUUACUCGUCUCUCUCCUCUGCCUGUCUUUAUGCAGUGGUCAGCAAACUUAGGCCCUCCUAUCUUUACAAAGGAAGUUUUCAUGGGACACAGCCACGCCCACAUAUUUUCCACUGUCUGUGGCUGCUUUUGCGCCAUGACGGCAGACCUGACUAGUCACAACAGGGCCCAUAUAGCCAUAAAAAUGGAAAUAUUUACUAUCUGGUCUUUUAGUCUGCUGACCCUUGCUCUAAGCCCUUGAUUGACUUCACAAACACAACCAGCAAGGUGUGAACCUGUACGAGUGCAGAGAAUCUGACCGGGGCCUCCCACUUCUUUCUUGCUGCCCUCCCCACCCCGAGCCAGCACUGCCAGAACCCUCCCAGCUGCAGGGCAGCAGGAGCUGGGUCCCUCGGGCCUUCCCCUCACCCCGCUGGGCUAUUAGACAGGGCCUGGGAGGGGGGAGGCCUGCUCAGGGGGAAAGAGAAACAAGGAUGCGGGUGUGGACCAAGUGAAAGAAGAGUGGGGAAGUGUUUUGCUUCUGGGCAGACUACUGUUUCCUCCAAGGGAAGGGAAAUGAGGAAACAGGCCCUGAGGCUUUCCCUGGCUGUGGGAGGGAAACCCUGAUGCCCCGAGGGGUCCAGAGUUUCCUCACAAUGGAGAUUAAAUGGCCAAGAGCCACAAUGCACAGUGGGAGACACACGGAACAGAGAGCAGAGAGCCAUGGUCCAGCAGCAUGCGCACAGGAAAUCAGUCUCCUCCUCAUACGGGCAGUAGGAAGGUGUCACCUUCAUUCAUGCCACGGGUACUUAGUUUGGAAAGAAUGAGGAUGGAAAGCAAAGUCUGUGAUGGUUAAUUUUCUGUGCCAACUUGGCCAGGCUGUGAUGCCGCUGUUUGGUCAAACACCAGUCUAGAUGUUGCUGUGGAGGUUACUUUGCAAACAUAAUUAACAUCUACAAUCAGUUGACCAUAAGGAGAGGAGGUCACCCUCCAUACUGUGGGUGGGCCACUUCUAAUCAGUUGAAGGCCUUAAGAGCAAAUCCUGAAGUUCCCAGAGAAGGAAUUCUGUUUCAAGACAUAAAAAUCCUGCCUGAAUUCCAGCCUGCAGGUCUGCCCUACAGAUUUUGGACUUGCUGGCCUCCACAAUCGUGUGAGCCAAUUCCUUAAAAUCUCUUGCACUCACGCACACACAUCCUAUUGUUUCUCUCUCUGGAGAACCCCAACAGGUACAAAGCAGCAUCUCAAUUCCUUUAGAAAACAUUUCAGGGCCCGAGUGGGUAUGAGGAACGGCAGGACAAGCUGAGCGGGAAAAGCAGAAGUGACAGUGUUGGGCAGGGAGCCGGGCGGCGGUGAGGAGAGGCCGUGGGUGGCCGGGGCUGUGCCGGGAGCAGCUGUGCCCAUGCGGGCUGAGGGUGGCACAGAGGGUGAAGUGAAACCACCAAGCGUGCGGUGAAGAAGCGAAAGACGAAGGCAGCCAGGACAGCUCUGGGCAUGUGCCUGGGAUACGGGUGAGGGGCCACUGACGGGACACCAGCGGCCCUGGCUCUGCAGGCUGCACACAGCUGGCUGCCAAGUGGACUCCUCCCCAGGGCCCCCCCGCCCACUGAACCCACCCCUGGGAGCAGGGCCCCUGAGGGCCUGUUCUUAACAUACUCCCCUGGGAUUUGUCAGGCCAACGUCUGAGAACUGCUGGACUGGCUCCUGCAGGCAGUGGGGAGCCAGGAAAGGUGCUGAGCGGGACGGUGGGAUGGCUGGGGCCUCAGGUCCCGGAGGCCAACACGUGCCUGUCGGGGAGAUGCCGGGCCAGCCACAGCCAGCCCAAGGGCAGGAGCCACCCUGAGACUGGCCUGCAUCAGGCACGUCAUGGUCUCUGAGGGACAGUGACCAGCAAUUCCUCCCACCCCUGCAUGUUACCCUCACUCUCUGGCAGCCCCUCCCAGCUGCGGUCCCGCUGAGCCAGGUCCAGGCACCCCCGUUCUUGCUGGGACAGGUACACAGCCACGUCCUCCAGGGUCACUGGCACCUGGCAGAACGCAGGCCACUCAUUCCCACACCACUGCUCCUUCA